UCCAUACGUUGCAUAUGUACUUGUUAUAUCACAUACUGUCAUGGCCGGUAACUACAGGAAUUAUAUGAAAUUAUUAGAAUCUUGGCCUCUGGAUAAAUCGAAAGCUGGCAGAGACUUAGGGCAACACAUUCGUGAUCAAUUAAAAGUUGCUUUUGCAAAAGGUGAGGCAUCUACCCAGGUUAAUCGUGAGGUAUGUGAUCGUUAUUAUCUAAGUUUGAAAAGAAUUUCUUCCAACCAAUAUGGGCAAAUGUAUGUCCGCACACGUAGUGAUAAUGCUAGUGGCUUAACAAGGGAACAAUGUAAUAUGGCACUAUCACCAGAACUAAUUGAGUACUUUGAGAACGAAGAAAAAGGAUUUCUUAAACGAGUAGCUUCAAGAAUUGGAGAUGUAUUCAAUGUUUCCAGAAUCAAGUUGUACAAUAAUACAAAAAGUAAUACAUAAGAUGGUAAAGAUAGUAAAAUAUAACAGCAUUAGUCAUAGUCAUAGAACUAUUCACUAUUUAUUACAAAAACAAAAUUGCUUAAAAAGUCUAAAAAAUACAAAAAAGCACAGUCAGUCGGCAUAUGAAAAUGUUGACAAUGUAUUGCAUAUGCCGGUUAUGGCUAAGGAAGUAUUACAAUAUCUAGAGCCUUCACCAAAGAAACUUAUAGUGGACAUGACAUUUGGUGCUGGAGGACAUUCACUAAACAUUCUAAAAACUUUUCCUGAGGUGAGGAUAUUUGCUUUGGACAGAGAUCCUGUUGCAUAUGAAUUUGCACACAAAUUGUCAGAAAAAUAUCCUGGUCAAAUAAUACCUUUAUUAGGAAAAUUUUCUGAAUUACCACAGUUGCUUUGUCAGCAUAAAGUCAAGAAAAAUAGUAUAGAUGGGUUCCUGUUUGAUUUUGGUUGUUCAUCAAUGCAAUUUGAUGUUGCACAGAGAGGAUUUUCUAUAUCUAAAAAUGGACCUUUAGACAUGAGGAUGGAUGGAUUUAGGUAUCCUAAAGAACCUACAGCUGCUGAUGUUCUAGAGAAAAUAACUGAAAUAGAUUUAACUCAAAUCUUGAGGGCUUAUGGCCAAGAAAAGAAGGCAAAAAAAAUUGCACAUGCUAUUAUUGAAGCUCGAUAUAGUUUCAGAAGUUUAAAAACUACAGAAGAGUUAGCAAAACUAGUUGAAUGUGUUGUAAAUGAAAAAAGACUAGACCAGCUUGGUAGACCUGCUCAUUGUGCUACAAAAACAUUUCAGGCACUGAGAAUUUUUGUGAAUAAUGAAUUAAAUGAAAUCAAUUAUGGUAUUGUCCUGGCUGCAACAUAUUUAAAAACGAAUGGUCGCUUAGUCACAAUAUCUUUCCAUUCUUUAGAAGACACAAUAGUUAAAAGGCACAUUUCCGGAAAUAUAAUGCAUACUGUUGCUAAUAAAUUACCAUUAAAAUUUGCAGACCAUAGCAAAUGUUACGACUCUGACGAAUACAAGAACCUUAUAAACACACCAUGGAAAAUGUUACAUAAACAUGUAAUAACACCUUCGCCCGAAGAAAUUAAAAUAAAUCCGAGAUCACGUUCUGCGAAGUUACGGGGUGUCAGUAAAGUGUUGUAAACAAGUGUCAUGAUAAAUUUUUAACUUUACUAUCGUGUGUAAUAUAAUACAAAAUACGUACAAAUGUUUCGUAAACUAUGUAAAAAAAUAAAAUAUCUCAUCCUGUGAAAACCAUUUGUAAUAUACUAUAAAUGAGAAUGGUUUUGCAGUUAAAGAAAAAUAUUUAAAACAAUCCUUCUAUUUCGUCAUUUUCACUGUUCCAAUCCAUAUCAUAAAUGCUUGGCCUGGUAGAAAGUCCUGGCAUCAUCAUUAUCUAGAAAAAUAUUUUAGUUUAUAUUUUAUUCAUGAAGUUAAUAAUUUUACACAGAAUUCACUUACAUCUCCCACCAUUGGUACUAUAAAGCCAGCACCAACAGACACAAAUAUAUCUGUAAUACUCAAUGUGAAACCUGUGGGAGCACCUUUAAUUGAUGCAUCACCUGUUAAAGAGUUUGAUGUCUUCGCCAUGCAAAGGGGCAGUUUGUCGUAGCCUAGUUUGGUAUAUGUCUUAAUCUUCUUUUGCACCUACAAUAACAAUUAUUAUAUAUACAUUUAUUAAUUACUUAUUAUAUCUAUAUUUAUUUAUGGCUCAUUGUAUCUAAA